AUGAAGUGCCCAGUGUGUAACAAAGAAGUUUACUUCGCUGAACGUAUUGAAACACUGGGUAAGGACUGGCACCGCAGCUGUUUAAAGUGUGAAAGAUGUUACAGACCAAUUACACCAGGUUAUCAUUGCAAGCGUAAUGGCCGAAUUUAUUGUUAUAAACCUUGUUACAUGACUCUGUAUGGACCAAGAGGAUAUGGUGCGGUUCCAAACACUGAAAAUUACUCAUAA